UCUCGAAUGUGACACUAUGUAUAGCAAUAUUCAAUUGCUUUCUCAUUCGUGUCGAUGUUUUCAGUCAAUUGAUACACGUUAGAUAUUUUAACCAUGAUAUGUACCAAAAAUACCUACGUGAAUGAUUCUCGCGUGGAAACGAUUAUUGCAAAAAUAAAUAAUGUACGCGAUACCAUGAAAUCUUUGGAGGAAAGUCUCGCGACUACGCGAAAGUUGGAAACUGAGCAAUGGCUGCGAUAUUCAAAUUUGAAAACAAAGAAUAAAAUGAUGAUGGAUGAUCUCAGAAAGGCGAAUAAACGCAAUAAAAAUAUGCUCAGUAUGUGGGAAUGUUUAAAUAAGAACAAUAGGACAAAUAAUGUAACUAAUGACGAUACAUUUGUAGAUUUAUUUCGGCAGAGCGUCACUGACAUUCGUUUUGGAAGCGAUAUUACAUUGCCAGAAUCUUUGAAAAAGGAAGUACAAAGAUCUUGGCAUCAAAAGUACGAUGCUUUGUUAACAUGCAACGAGCAAUUAAAGCAGGAGCUUAGUUCCCGGGAUUUGCUCCUUAAAGAAAAAACACAAGAGAUCAAUAGCCUUCAACAAAAAUUAUUAACGCUCGGUGACAGACUGGUCGAACGAGACGAAGCCGUGGAAAGUAUUUGCAAGAAAUAUCUGUCUCUGAAACAACGGAAGGAUGAACGAGAGAAUUUGUUACGCGGUUCCAUCGAAACGUUGAAACAGGAUACACUGAAGAAGACAAACGUUUAUGAAGCUUCGAAAAAAGAUUCUGGAACAUCCUCAACGUCUAAUAAAGACGCGUUAUUAACACGAGAAACGCGGCGUAGCGAUCGUUCGGCUUGCAAAAAUUGUUUUUUCAAAAUCCUUCUGGAGAAAGCGAAACGCAGUUGCAAAACUAAUGGGAGCAGCAGUGUUAUUUCUCUCGACAAAACCGCGUAAUUAAUUUUCCUCGAGGUUUGCACAGUUCUAAUGGGUUAAGAAGAAGAUCGUGGGGCCGUGUUUGCAAACAUUGGGGACAAUGUUUAAGAAUAGCGGAAUUAUGCAACUCUGAAGGUAAUAACCGGAUAAAAGAGGCAC